CUAUGAUCAUGAAGGGCGUCUGACCAAUGUAACACGUCCCACUGGAGUGGUAACUAGCCUUCAUCGAGAAAUGGAAAAGUCUAUUACCAUCGACAUUGAGAAUUCUAAUCGGGAUGACGAUGUCACGGUCAUCACAAAUCUCUCCUCUGUGGAGGCUUCCUAUACAGUUGUUCAAGAUCAAGUGAGGAACAGCUACCAGCUCUGUAAUAAUGGUACUUUGAGAGUGAUGUAUGCCAAUGGCAUGAGCAUUAGCUUUCACAGCGAACCCCAUGUCCUGGCUGGGACUGUGACUCCCACCAUAGGACGAUGUAAUAUUUCUCUACCAAUGGAAAAUGGUUUAAACUCAAUUGAAUGGCGCCUGAGGAAGGAACAGAUUAAAGGCAAAGUGACUGUGUUUGGAAGAAAGCUCAGGGUGCACGGAAGGAAUUUACUGUCCAUUGAUUACGACCGGAACAUACGCACAGAAAAAAUCUAUGAUGAUCACCGGAAGUUUACACUGAGGAUAAUUUACGAUCAGCUAGGACGGCCUUUCCUUUGGCUACCUAGCAGUGGCCUGGCUGCUGUCAACGUGUCGUAUUUCUUCAACGGGCGCCUGGCUGGGCUUCAGCGUGGUGCCAUGAGUGAAAGAACAGAUAUUGAUAAGCAAGGCAGGAUCACCUCGCGCAUGUUUGCAGAUGGGAAAGUUUGGAGCUACACCUAUCUAGAAAAAUCGAUGGUACUCCUGCUUCAGAGUCAGCGACAGUACAUCUUCGAGUAUGAUUCUUCAGACCGACUUCAUGCUGUUACCAUGCCUAGCGUUGCUCGGCACAGCAUGUCCACUCACACCUCUAUUGGCUACAUUAGAAAUAUUUAUAAUCCUCCUGAAAGCAAUGCAUCGGUGAUUUUUGAUUACAGUGAUGAUGGUAGGAUUUUGAAAACAUCAUUUUUAGGUACUGGCCGACAAGUCUUCUACAAAUAUGGAAAGCUAUCUAAAUUAUCUGAAAUUGUUUAUGACAGCACUGCAGUUACUUUUGGAUAUGAUGAAACUACAGGUGUCCUAAAAAUGGUAAAUUUGCAAAGUGGAGGAUUUUCCUGUACGAUCCGCUAUCGCAAAAUUGGUCCUCUCGUUGACAAACAAAUCUACAGAUUCUCUGAAGAAGGUAUGGUCAAUGCAAGGUUCGAUUAUACAUAUCAUGAUAAUAGCUUUCGAAUCGCAAGCAUCAAACCCAUAAUAAGUGAGACGCCUCUUCCAGUUGAUCUUUACCGUUACGAUGAGAUUUCUGGCAAAGUAGAGCAUUUUGGCAAAUUUGGAGUUAUUUAUUAUGAUAUAAAUCAAAUUAUUACUACAGCAGUUAUGACACUGAGUAAGCACUUUGAUACCCAUGGGCGCAUUAAAGAAGUUCAGUAUGAAAUGUUCAGAUCCUUGAUGUACUGGAUGACUGUACAAUACGACAGCAUGGGAAGGGUGACUAAAAGAGAACUGAAGCUCGGUCCAUACGCCAACACAACCAAGUAUACCUAUGAUUACGAUGGAGACGGGCAACUGCAAAGCGUAGCAGUAAAUGAUAGGCCAACCUGGCGGUACAGUUACGAUCUGAAUGGAAACCUUCACCUCUUGAAUCCUGGCAACAGUGUCCGACUGAUGCCUCUGCGCUAUGACCUAAGAGACAGGAUUACGCGCUUAGGUGACAUCCCAUACAAAAUUGAUGAUGAUGGAUUCCUGUGUCAGCGAGGCUCAGAUGUGUUUGAGUACAACUCCAAGGGACUGUUAACAAGAGCUUACAACAAAGCAAAUGGGUGGAGUGUUCAGUACCGUUACGAUGGACUUGGCCGAAGGGCUUCCUGUAAGACUAACCUGGGGCACCAUCUACAGUACUUUUAUGCUGAUCUUCACAAUCCAACAAGGGUAACUCAUGUCUACAAUCAUUCCAAUUCAGAAAUUACCUCUUUGUACUAUGAUCUGCAAGGCCACCUCUUUGCAAUGGAGAGUAGCAGUGGAGAAGAAUAUUACGUUGCCUCCGAUAACACCGGCACUCCAUUAGCUGUGUUCAGCAUCAAUGGCCUCAUGAUCAAACAGCUUCAGUACACAGCAUAUGGGGAGAUUUAUUACGACUCUAACCCUGAUUUCCAGCUGGUUAUUGGGUUCCAUGGAGGGCUGUAUGAUCCUUUAACCAAACUUGUCCAUUUUACCCAAAGGGACUAUGAUGUCCUGGCUGGACGCUGGACAUCUCCUGAUUACACCAUGUGGAAAAACAUCGGUAAAGAACCCGCCCCUUUCAAUCUGUACAUGUUCAAGAGUAACAACCCUCUCAGCAAUGAACUGGAUCUAAAAAAUUAUGUAACAGAUGUCAAAAGCUGGUUGGUGAUGUUUGGGUUUCAGCUUAGCAACAUUAUUCCUGGUUUUCCUAGAGCAAAAAUGUACUUUGUGUCACCGCCAUACGAGUUGUCUGAGAGUCAAGCAUGUGAAAAUGGACAGCUAAUUACAGGAGUUCAGCAGGCGACAGAAAGACACAACCAAGCUUUCAUGGCUCUUGAGGGCCAGGUCAUAUCUAAAAGAUUACAUGCCAGUAUUAGAGAAAAAGCAGGUCACUGGUUCGCAACAACCACUCCUAUCAUUGGGAAAGGAAUCAUGUUUGCUGUGAAGGAAGGCCGUGUAACCACUGGCAUUUCCAGCAUAGCCACUGACGAGAGCAGAAAGAUUGCCUCUGUCCUUAACAGUGCUCACUACCUGGAAAAAAUGCACUACAGCAUCGAGGGGAAGGACACCCAUUACUUUGUCAAGAUAGGCUCGGCUGACAGCGACCUCGUCACCCUCGCAAUGACCAGCGGGCGGAAGGUCCUGGACAGUGGGGUCAACGUCACCGUCUCCCAGCCCACUCUCCUCGUCAAUGGGAGGACUCGAAGGUUUACGAAUAUUGAGUUUCAGUACUCAACCCUGCUGAUCAACAUCCGCUAUGGCCUGACCCCCGACACGCUGGACGAGGAAAAGGCGAGAGUGUUAGACCAGGCCCGGCAGCGGGCCCUGGGGUCAGCUUGGGCCAAAGAGCAGCAGAAGGCACGGGAUGGCCGAGAGGGCAGCCGCGUAUGGACAGACGGAGAGAAGCAGCAGCUUCUGAACACGGGAAGGGUUCAAGGUUACGAGGGAUAUUAUGUCCUGCCCGUGGAGCAGUACCCAGAGCUAGCAGACAGUAGCAGCAACAUCCAGUUUUUAAGACAGAAUGAAAUGGGAAAGAGGUAACAAAUUAACCUGCUGUCAUCCUUUGCUGGAUGAAUCAGUAGUCAUAACUGUUAUCUCCUCUCCUAAGGAGAUGAAGACCUAAAUGGGGGCACUAGGCUGAGCUACUCUGGGAUAGUAAGUGGCAAAAAAGCUCAUAUUUUUUGAGUUAAAUGCUACUGUUCAAGUGAUUAAAAACCACAUCCUGAAGUGGACUAAAGCCAGACUGAAAACUCUAACCAUACAAAUUAAAAAGUACCCCUGAAAUAUUACCCACUUGUUCUGGGUCUAAAGAAAAACAAAAAGAAGGCCUCGUAUUGUAUUACCUCACUCCAUUCACACGUGAGCAAACUAAGAAAUCCAAGUGGGCCGCAUUCACUAACCAGCUGAUGAAACACAGAUGAUUCAGACUGCUUGUUUGAUAAAUAUCCAAGAGGUUUUCAUUUAAAGCAAAAUACAGGUGCAUUUAAAACAUGACUUUGGGGUGAUUUGUGUGUAGCAACUGGAGGACAAUGAGAAUGCAAGUGAGAGCGCACUGGAAAUAGUAAAGAAAAAUAUAUUUAAAAGUAACAAAACCACACUUGCACUCUGACCCUCCACUUGUCUGGCCUGAAGCUUAACUUAUUCAAAGAGGGCAGAGUGUAAAGUUACAUUCAAAAUGGUGGCUAUAAAUCACUACAAAUAAAUUUCAUACUCUGUUUGUCUUUGAAGAUUUCCAUUGUGGACAGUAUAACACAGUUACAGGGUGUAGUCUGUUUAGAUUCAGUAGUUUGUUGGUAUCAGUUCCAGUAGAGCUGUGGGCAUUGUGUUACACUAUUGCAAAUGGGCACCACGUCAGAUCACCCUGUACAUACAUCAGCCAGAAGGCACAAUCACUGUUUCAGAUUUAAAAAUUAUUAGUGUGUUUGUUUGGUCGAGAAACUGAGACAAUCACAUUACAGUCACCACGGGAAAAAAAAAAAAAAAAAAAAGAAAAAAAAAAGAAAAAAAGUCUAAUAAGAACUUUGGUACAAGAACUUUUUUGUAAUAUACAUGUAUGAAUUGUUCAUUGAGUUUUUAUAUUAAUUUUAAUUUGCUGCUAAGCAAAGACUAGAGACAGGCAAAGAUAAUUUAUGGCAAAGUGUUUAAAUUGUUUAUACAUAAAUAAAGUCUCUAAAACUCCUGUGAA